UCAGCUGCCCCAUUUCCACAAAAAUGGCUUCGAAGUUGUAGCCGUGUGGGCGCGAACAGAAGUGGCAGCCGAGCGCGUACGACAGGAGCACAACAUUCCCUUUGUGUCCACUGACCUGGACGAAGUUUUGAUGUUGAAGAAUGUCGAGCUUGUAUGUGUAGCCACGCCACCCUUCAUGAGUCUGGAAGUGUGCAUAAAGACUAUACAAACGGGGAAGCAUGUCAUUUGUGAGAAGCCUAUGGCCACCAGCGCGGCCAGUGCGAGGAGGAUGUUGUCAGCUGCACAGUACUACCCUCAGUUGGUAUCCAUAGUAGAUCACGAAUUGAGAUUUGUCAAAGUAAUAGCGGCUAUGAAGGCCAAAAUGGAAGAAGAAUAUGUAGGUAGGAUACUGACGAUAGAGGCGAACGUCUGCAUGGCCUCGCUAGUAGGAGGCGAAUACAACUGGUGGUGUGACCAGUCUCUGGGUGGAGGAGCGCUGGGCGCAUUGGGAUCACAUAUGAUCGAUGUGUUAUACUAUAUCACGGGAUUAAAAGCCGUGGCCGUGCAGGGUGUGCUGAAGACCUUUGUGCACCACACCUCACGUAUCAACGGGUACAGGCAUAUCACAGCGGACGAUUAUUGUAAUUUCCAGCUCAAAUUCCCUAACGAUGCACAUGCUACGAUUCUGCUGAACACACACAUGCCUGGUAAGUUUGUGCAAGACAUCACUAUAGUGGGAUCAAAGGGGCGGCUCCUGCUCAGGGGACAAGAACUCUGGGGAUACCAGAAGGGAAUGAAAAAGGAGGAGCUCUUACAUCAAGAGCGAGACAAGUCUGUGAGCUUGUUCGUCAAAGGCACGGAUUCGAUGAUCAGGCAUUUAAGGCGUGCGUUUGAAAAGAACCUUCAAGAACUGAUGCACAUCUUUCCUACCGUUCUUAUCGCAACGUUUAACCGUAUCCACCGUCUCAAUAACGAACGUCUCAAUAACGAACGGCCCAAUAAUGAACGUCUCAAUGACGAACGUCUCAACAACCAACGUCUCAAUACCGAACGUCCCAAUAACCAUCAUCUCAAUAACGAACGUCACCAACCUCUACAGCCCAAUGCCGCCACCUUCGAGGACGGUCUGUAUACACAAAAGGUCAGUCCAACGGUCGACAUCAGUUAUUAUGACCAUUCACUGAACGAUUUUGAGGUGCCUUAG